AAUAAGAAAAAUGUGAGUGUAGCUUUGCCAUCAUUAAUCGAUACUGGUGAACAUUUAUCAUGUUAGUUUUAAUCAGUAAUUCCGUGGUAAAUGCUAGAAAAUAAUUACAUUGCGUGUAGCAUUAGUUAAUAAAACAAAUUGCAAUUUACGUUAAUUAUUACGUAAAGUGAUAAAAACAUUUUAGCGAUAAUACGAAUAAUAUGAAAACAAUUUAGCCAGUUUAACCUCCAAAUGCGUCAGCUGACGAGUAAGAGAACGAUGUGCAAUUGAACUUUUCAUCGCGAAAUUUCUAAAGAAGAAGGAUAUUUGACAAGCAAUUUUGCAAAAAAUUGAAAUUAAAUAUUUAAAGAAAUUUUUCGAAUUGAUUGUUGUGAAUUGACGAAACAACAGAUGGACGUCGAUGCUGAAAAGAAAUACUUUUUCGAAGCGUUGUGCUUAUUUCACGAAACGCAGUGGCUUCACAAUAUACCUGUAAUCGAGAUAUUGACUCGAGCGUCUUUGGACGCAAUUCCUAAAGAAUGGAUGGAGCACUUGCAAACUUUGGAAAAUGACGAACUCAAUAAUUUCGUGGUGGAAAAAACAAUAAAGUCGGAAUGGCCGGAUUCGUUGAAAGCAUAUGUUGACAAAUGCGAAAAAAUCAAUAGGCUGCCGCUCGUACCUGCGUUACCAUCCAUAGAAUUGCCGCAAAGUUUCAGGACGGGCCUCAGCCUGAAGAAGCAACACGAAAUAAUGCAUUUAGCCCACUUAGUGCACACGCAAUGCAAAUCGCACGAUGUACAGACGAUUAUUGAUCUGGGCGCAGGUUUGGGAUACGUAUGCCAAAUGUUACAUUGUCUGCACGGUUAUCGAAUCCUGGGACUGGAAAGAGACAAGGAAAAUGUUGACAGAGCUUGCUAUAGACAGGAAAAAUUAUAUUCCGAUUCGUUGACUAAGAUCAAAUACGUCCAGUGCGAAGUGACGUGCGACUCCGCCGAUGCGAUAGAAUCCAUCUUGCAGCGAGAGUUUCCCGGCGUUACGGAUGCAUGUUUAAUUGGGCUGCACGCCUGCGGAGAUCUCAGCACAAGCGCAUCGAGAGUCUUCUGCGAGAUGAAAUCUGUUAAACUCCUCGUCCUGAUCUCCUGCUGUUACCAUAAACUUUCGAUUUCCAAGAGUGUGCAGACUCCGUUGCGGGAGAAACAAUACUUCCAUAACUUUCCUACGUCUAAUUGUCUGCGAGAAACAAUCGCGACGUACAAUCUUGACAUCGGCCAAUUCUUAAGAGCACCCUUCUUACGAUUGGCGUGUCAAGAAUCGGCGGACAAGUGGCGCGGCAUGUCCGAAGAGAAGCACAACGAGCAUUCCUUUCACGUUCUCGCCAGAGCCGUGCUCGAGUUGUAUUCGCGUCAAAACAAUCUCAUUCUCAAGAAAAAGGUUCGAAAAGGCACGAGAAAGUCACAGUGCUCGAAUUUUCAAACUUACAUCAAGGACUCUCUAUUAAGAUACGAUUUAAUGUCGAAUAUUGCACCAGGCGCGAAGUUAACAGGUAAAAUAUCCACGCGCGACGAAUUAGAGAAAAGCAUAACACAAACUUGGGAAGAGCAGAAUGGAAAGUUAAGAUCGGUCGAAAUUUAUACUGGAUUGCAAAUGAUGCUGCAACUUCCGGCGGAAUCAUUGAUUCUACGAGAUCGACUGUGCUGGUUGCACGAACAGGGCUUGCAAGCCGUCAUUGUGCCUGUGAUGAACAAGUGUGUGUCCCCUCGUUCGUACGCGAUCGUGUCUCAUAAACGCUGA